ACUCCCCACUGAGGCGAGCGGACGUGUUACUGAAGUAGAGCGAACUCCUGAGGCGGGCUGGCUGCGCCUAGGAAGCAGUCCGGAAGGCCCAUGUGUUUCUUGAAGGAGAAGCGUUUAGCGGUGAACGUGGAGAGACUUGUUUUCUGAGGAACUGUGAUUUUUGAAGAGCGAAGCACCACUCUUGCCCUCUUCCAAAAUGGCGACGCAGCUUUUCUGAGUGUCUUACUUCCGCUCGCCCACCGGGGUGGUACUCUUUGAUUGGCCAGGGACGGCGCCGUGGCGUGACGCACGGGGGAGCUGACCAAUCGGCUGAGAGCUGAGCUGGACUUAGCGUUAGGAGCCGGAGCCGGGUUCUUAACAGCAGUGGGGCCAGGUGAGCGGCUCCGGCCAGGUGAGUGGGGUCAGACAAUGGCAACCUAUCUGGAGUUCAUUCAGCAGAACGAAGAACGCGAUGGCGUGCGUUUUAGUUGGAAUGUGUGGCCGUCCAGCCGUCUCGAGGCCACAAGGAUGGUUGUUCCCCUGGCUUGUCUCCUCACUCCUUUGAAAGAACGUCCAGACCUGCCUCCCGUGCAGUAUGAACCUGUGCUCUGCAGCAGGCCAACAUGCAAAGCCAUUCUCAACCCACUUUGUCAGGUUGACUAUCGAGCAAGACUUUGGGCCUGUAAUUUCUGUUUCCAAAGAAAUCAGUUCCCCCCAGCGUACGCAGGCAUAUCCGAGGUGAAUCAGCCUGCUGAACUCAUGCCGCAGUUUUCUACAAUCGAGUACGUUGUUCAGCGGGGUCCUCAGUGCCCUCUGAUCUUCCUCUACGUGGUCGACACGUGCCUGGAAGAGGAUGACCUUCAAGCACUCAAAGAAUCCCUGCAAAUGUCCCUGAGUCUCCUUCCUCCGGACUCUCUGGUGGGUCUGAUCACGUUUGGGAGGAUGGUGCAGGUGCACGAACUCAGCUGCGAAGGAAUCUCCAAGAGCUACGUCUUCCGGGGCACCAAGGAUUUAACUGCAAAGCAGAUACAGGAUAUGCUGGGCCUGACCAAGCCCACCGUGCCUGUGCAGCCGGCGCGACCUGCUCAGCCGCACGAGCAGCCUUUCGUCUCCAGCAGAUUUCUGCAGCCCGUGCACAAGAUCGACAUGAACCUCACAGAUCUUCUCGGGGAGCUGCAGAGGGACCCGUGGCCCGUACCUCAGGGGAAGAGGCCUCUGCGGUCCACCGGUGUGGCCGUGUCCAUUGCUGUCGGCUUGCUGGAGGGCACUUUCCCAAACACGGGCGCCCGGAUUAUGCUGUUUAUGGGGGGUCCCCCCACCCAAGGGCCUGGCAUGGUGGUUGGAGAUGAGUUAAAGGUCCCCAUCCGUUCCUGGCACGAUAUUGAGAAAGAUAACGCACGCUUCAUGAAGAAGGCGACCAAGCACUACGAGAUGCUUGCUAACCGAGCAGCUGCGAACGGUCACUGCAUUGAUAUUUACGCCUGUGCCCUUGAUCAGACUGGCCUUUUGGAGAUGAAGUGUUGCACAAAUCUUACUGGAGGCUACAUGGUGAUGGGAGAUUCAUUCAACACUUCUCUCUUCAAGCAGACAUUCCAAAGAAUUUUUAGUAAAGAUUUUAAUGGACAUUUCCGAAUGGCAUUUGGUGCUGCUUUGGAAGUAAAGACCUCGCGGGAACUGAAGAUCGCGGGAGCCAUCGGGCCAUGUGUAUCUCUGAACGUGAAAGGGCCGUGUGUGUCAGAAAACGAGCUUGGUGUGGGUGGCACGAGUCAGUGGAAAAUCUGUGGCCUGGACCCCACCUCUACACUCGGCAUCUACUUCGAAGUGGUCAGUCAGCACAACGCCCCGAUCCCGCAGGGAGGCCGAGGCGCAGUCCAGUUCGUCACGCACUACCAGCACUCCAGCACCCAGAGGCGCAUCCGCGUCACCACUGUCGCCCGCAAUUGGGCAGAUGCACAGAGUCAGCUCAAGCACAUCGAGGCAGCGUUUGACCAGGAGGCCGCAGCGGUCUUGAUGGCGCGGCUGGGGGUGUUCCGAGCGGAGUCGGAGGAGGGCCCGGACGUGCUCCGGUGGCUGGACCGACAGCUCAUCCGACUGUGUCAGAAGUUUGGACAGUAUAACAAAGAAGACCCCACUUCCUUUAGGUUAUCAGAUUCCUUCUCUCUUUAUCCUCAGUUCAUGUUCCACCUUAGAAGAUCUCCGUUUCUUCAAGUGUUCAACAACAGCCCCGAUGAGUCGUCGUGUUACCGCCACCACUUUGCGCGGCAGGACCUCACCCAGUCGCUCAUCAUGAUCCAGCCCAUCCUCUACUCCUACUCCUUCCACGGGCCUCCAGAGCCGGUGCUCUUGGACAGCAGCAGCAUUCUGCCUGACAGAAUCUUGCUGAUGGAUACCUUCUUCCAGAUCGUCAUUUAUCUUGGUGAGACCAUAGCCCAGUGGCAGAAAGCUGGGUACCAGGACAUGCCUGAGUACGAAAACUUCAAGCACCUUCUGCAGGCGCCACUGGAUGAUGCUCAAGAAAUUCUGCAGGCGCGCUUCCCAAUGCCACGUUACAUCAACACGGAGCACGGAGGCAGUCAGGCUCGAUUCCUUCUGUCCAAAGUGAACCCAUCUCAGACACACAAUAACCUGUAUGCUUGGGGACAGGAGACGGGAGCACCCAUCCUAACUGAUGACGUCAGUCUGCAGGUGUUCAUGGAUCAUUUGAAGAAACUGGCUGUCUCCAGCGCCUGCUGAGGGCGGAUGUGAGCAGCAGGCGGAAGAAAGCCCUGUCGUCUUGUGUUCGCGGUGGUCUCUACAGGCUUAGCAUUCCUUUUAAUCUUCUCAUGGAUUUUAAUAAAUAAUCAAAGGAAGUGUUGUGUAACUCUUCAGAUU